AUGGUGUAUACGGUGAGACACCGCGAGGAGAGUGAUGAUGCUGAUGUCAUUGUAGGUACCUUCUUUAUUCAUUCUAUUAUGUAUUAUGCUCACAUUGAUAUUAGCUCUACUCACUUGUACAUAGCUAGUGUUGUUUUUGCAAGUCUGGGUUUAACUAUUGAAAAUACUGCUAGAGAGUUUCCUGUGAUUAGUCUUUUGGGUCAGUCAAUUCGAGUUAAUAGAGUAUAUAGGUGGAUUAACCUAGAGCUUCAGGGUUUGGUAUUUCCAGUUGAUCUAAUGGAAUUACCCUUUAAUGAGUUUGAUUUAAUUUUGCGAAUAGAUUGGUUCGUUGAGUAUCGGGUCAAUCUAGACUGUGCAACCAAGAGGGUUACUUUGAGAUCGAAUAAGAAUGACGAGGUGGUCAUGAUUGGUGAGCGUUAUGAUUACCUCUCUAACGUAAUCUCCACUCUUAUAGCAGAUAAGUUAGUCCGAAUGGGGUACGAGACAUACAUUGCUUACGUAUCUGAUUCUGCUACCAAAAAGCUUUCAGUAGGAGAUAUACGUAUCGUGAGGGAAUUCCCAGACGUCUUUCCUGAAGAAUUGUCUAGAGUACCUCUGGAUAGAGAGGUGGAGUUUGGAAUUGAUCUAUUGCCAGGUAUGGCUCUAGUGUCUAUUGCACCCUAUUGCAGGGCACCGAAAGAGCUGACCAAAUUAAAGGCGCAACUUGAGGAACUCCUUGAUAGAGAAUUUAUUCGACCGAGUGUGUCUCCGUGGGGGGCAUCGAAAGUCACCUUUCUGGGUCAUGUGGUGACGAUAGAAGGGAUCCAAGUUGAUCCUAAGAAAAUAGAAGCUAUUGUCGAGUGGAAACAGCCAAAAAAUGUAACAAUUGAUUUUGCUACGGGGUUGUCUUUAACUCCUGCUAAAAAGGAUUCAGUUUGGGUCAUUGUUGAUUGGUUGACCAAAUCGGCUAAUUUCAUUCCUAUCCGGGCGGAUUACUCUUUGCAGAAGUUAGAUUGUACAUUGCCAAAAUUAUGA